AUGUCUGUCGAAACAGUGGUCAGUCACAAAUUCGCUGUCGGACAGAAAUUUGUGGCGGGCCAUGUGGAGAAAGUGCGAAGUGCGCAAGCCUGGGCAGAACGACAAUUUAAUAAAGCUCAUCAGUUCAUACGAGAACUAUCCGUUAGUCAGACUGACCCGAGGGAUAUCUUCACACAGGUCCAAGCGUCGGAUGGGAACUUCUUCGAAAAAGUGACAGCUCCAAGUGAUGGAGACACCUCGAGGGAUGAUGAAUUGUACACCAUCAAAAAUUUGAGUAUAAACGGAGACAAGAAGCAAAUCGAGGCUCUCUACGUGGAGGCGUUGUACACUAUUACCCACAAACUGGGCCAAGGAGACGUUGAGGAAAGUCAGGAGAGCCUCUACAAAUAUGUUCGUAACGCUUUCCAAGGUGAUACGACUCUUCACACCGCUCUCAUGGAAAAGGCGAAACAGAACAAGCCACCCAGUGUUUUGCUCAACAUCUUGCUUCUCGAGGCAAAAGACCUGAUUGCAAAAGACGUCAAUGGAUUCAGCGAUCCGUUCGCAAUGAUGGGAGUUGUACCAGGCACGCGUAAGGAAAACCAGCCAAUGACCGAUUCGGCGCAUCCGGAGAAAGACGAACAGGAGGCAAAGUCACCAAGAGCGCUCCAUGGAAAGAAAGAUGGUCUCAUGCACCGUUUCGGGGGAUCAUUCCGUCGUAAAGUUGGAAAGAAGGGAAAGCCACAAGACACUGGAACCAUCCCAGCAAAACUUAUCAAGGCUAGCUCUGUCCAGAAAAAAACGUUGAACCCAAAAUGGAGUGAGAAAUUCCAGUUCACUGUUGAAGACACUCAAAGAGAUCAGUUCCAUAUUGACAUCUGGGAUCAUGAUGAUGAGGAGCAAUCAGUUUUUGAUGCGGUUUCUUCUCUCAAUCAAAUCAGUGGAGGAUUCAAAGGUAUUGGAAGAUACUUCAAGGAAGUUACUCAAAGUGCUCGUGCCAACUCUGACGACUGCACUGACGACUUCCUCGGAUGCAUCAAUCUCAAGCUUGCUGAGAUCCCACCAGAGGGAUUGGAACAAUGGUUUACCCUCCAGCCACGUUCGGAGAAGAGCAAAGUAAGUGGGCAGGUCAAACUGAAGAUCUGGUUGUCGACAAAAGAAGAAGGACGCUCUGGAGAUGAUGACGAGACUCUGGAUGUAAAGGAGCAUAUUGAGCUUCUCCGUCAAUUUGCAUUGUAUGAGAUCCGCCAGACAGGACAACCAGUACGUUUCUGGGAUGGAGUCUAUCCAGAGAGGGCUAUGAUCAUUUUGCGUCAACAUGCGAUCCAAGGAGAUCUCACAGAUGUGCAUCUUGCGAUGUGUCGUUGGCUUGCAUUCCACUCCAUGAUCCACAUUGACAUCUCGUUCUCUCUUCUCUACAAGACCCUCCAGAAAAUAAUUGAUAAGUGGCAACCACUCACUUUGGACAAGGAAGAGGAAGACAUGCUCACUGACUCGUUCUCAUCUUUCGAUUCAUACUGUAAGCGUAUGAUGAUCGAGCAUCGUGAGAAAUUUACUCCAAGCAAGAGAAACAGUGGAGAAGAGUUCUCGAGCUUGAUCAAAUGCAUGAGAGCUCUUCGUGAAUCUCCAUUCUACCAGAAGUACCUUCCGUACAAACGUCCAUUCCAUGCUCAUCUCGAGUCUCUUGUCGUCAAAAGUGCUGAAGAUUACAUUGACCGAACUAUUGAGUUGGUUCAAGAUCCAGAUCCAUGCAAGGAGCUUCUUAAAUUGCUUAACAUUGUGAACACUCAAUGUUCACGUUUCUUGCAUUACGCUGCAGUCAUCCGUGAAGUUGCCAGAAUCGACUAUUCUCAACUCACUUUGAACACCUUUGAUCGUCUUUUGACCGAAUACUUGACUUCUGAGCUCAUGAGUGAGAAGAAAAUGGAUCUCAAGUCUCAAAUGAGAUUGUCGGCUGCUCAGGAUCCUCCAAAUGAGGAUGACUUGAUUGACUUGAUGCGUAUUCACAUGGCUUUUGUUGAAUUGCGCAACUAUAGACUUGCGAACAGAGUUCGAGUUCGUGAUGAGUCAGAAUGGUAUGCUAUCUUCAACAAAGGUAUCAAAAAAUUCCUUGAAGUCGCUAAGGAAAAAGCACUUGCUCGUGUUCACCUCAGUUGCCAACUUGAUAUGCCGAUUUCGACAUCUUCAAACGAUAUGCGUCAUUCCAGCAGCCACAUUGAUAUCUGUCACAUCAUUGAGCAGUUUACCGUAUUCUGGGAGCGCGUUGAUAUCAACGACGCUGGUCUGAAGAUUGAGUACACCAGACUCCUUGUCGAAGUCAUUUGUGACAUUGUCACAGUUUACACUCAAAAAAUUAUUUCCGGUUUGGAAGCCGAAGGAUUCACUCAAGAGCUUACCACAUUCAUACCAUCUCAACUCUUGCACUUGUUGUGUGCUGCCAUUAACAACUGUGAACAAGUGCGUCGCAGUCUCAACAUCACUGAGAAACUCCAUAUGGAUGACAUGUCGUUGGCUUAUGAACGUGACUCCAGUCGUCUCAAUGGAAACCAUUUGUGGAAGUCCGAAAUUGAGAAUCGUCUCGAAACAUGUGAAAACAGCAUCUGUGGUGAAAUUGAUAGAAUCGUUGGCUUAUUGACUGGACGUCUUCUUCCACAGAUGAAAAAACACGUAUUCCAUUUGGCAUGGAGUCCAUCCGCCCAAUUGGUUGAGGAUUCGCUUAAACCACUGACUGAUAUGUUGGACAUUGAGCUCUCGGCAGUCCACAAGAACUUGCUACACAGAAACUUUUUGAGAGUCAUGAGUGCUCAAGUGUCAAUUGUUGUGAAACUUCUUCGCGAGUGUGUCACUGAAAACAUUGGAAUGGAACCAGCAUUCUACCAUAGAUUGUUCGAAGCUUGGCAUGUGUUGGUUGAGUUUUUCCAUGCAGGUGGAAAAGGACUCUCUAUGGAGGCAUUGGAGACAAACCCAGAUCAUAUGAAACUUGUGAAAAUCUUGUCAUUGAACCAAACUCCAACUGAGCAGCUCAUUGAAAAGUAUUACAAAGAUCUUCUCAAACAACAGAACGAAGUGAGUGAGUGCAAAUACGGAAUUCUCAAUGUGCGUGCAUACUAUAAUGGAAACGCACAAACUCUUGUUCUUGAUGUAAUUGGAGCCAAGCAAAUUAUUGCGCUUGAUUCAAAUGGAUUAUCCGAUCCAUUUGUUGUGAUUGAAAUCAUUCCGAAAUUCCGCUACCCAGCAGUCCCAGUCGUCAAAACCAAAGUGGUAUCAAAAUCAUUAAAUCCAAUCUUUGAUGAAACUUUUGAAUUCCACAUCCCUCCAAACCCACCAUCAACUGCAAUGCUUCACUUUACUGUCAUGGAUCAUGACUACUUGAGAUCCAACGACUUCGCAGGAGAGGCUUUCUUAGAACUCAAUGAUGUUCCUGGAUUUGGAGCAACUGGAGGUAACACCCUGCGUCAGUUUAACCUAAUCUUGAUUCAACCAGUGUCGAACACCAAAGACGUUCUGGAUGUGUUGAACAGUCGCAAAGAAGACAAGGACGCUGUUGAAUUCUUACGCUCCAUCAGCACCGUUUACUAA